AUGGUACUGUCAGAUGACCCUAUUGUCGUCAAGACCACGGAAGGAAGCGUGCGCGGCCGACGUGAAAAUGUUUUAGGCAGAGACAUAGAAAUAUUCCUCGGAAUUCCGUACGCCGCGCCGCCCGUCGGAGAACUUCGGUUCCUCAAGCCUGUGCCGGCAUCCCCGUGGGAAAAUGUUUACGACGCAACGACCGUCAAAGAUUCCUCGUCAGAGACGACGAAACUGCCGGUCCUAGUGUGGUUUCACGGCGGAUUUUUCAAAACUGGAUCGUCAUUCGAGACCUCAUACAACGCUGCACCCUUGGCCGCACUCAACGAUGUAGUCGUCGUGUCCUGUAAUUUUCGCUUGGGAAUGUUUGGGUUUUUCGACGCAAACAACAAAGGGGCGCCCGGAAACGUUGGCCUCUGGGAUCAGGCGAUGGUGAUGAAAUGGGUUCAGCGAAACGUCAGAGCCUUUGGCGGAGAUCCCGAACUCGUUACGUUGUUCGGUGAGAGCUCCGGGUCAAUGGCUAUUCACUUACAUCUCAUGUCAGCCUUUAGCGCCGGCCUCUUUCGUCGCGCGUUCUUUAUAAGCGGUACUGAGAGCACCGACGCGGACGUCGACUCGGUUGACGAAAGCAUCCGAACUGGCAAUGCCAUCGUCGAAGCGCUCGGAUGUGCGAAUCCUUUGCAGAACCUGACUUCGCAUCCGGAUGAAGUGCUGCAGUGCCUACGCAAUUCGUCAGCCAGCAACAUCGCUGAAGCCACGGAAAAUGUCACGUCGCCGAGUAGGUUAGCAUUUCUACCAACGUUCAAUACAGAACUUGUCCCGUACUUGCCUUCGGUUGCUACUGAAAAGGGGCUCUUUCGUGUCGCCGAUGCGAUGGUUUCUGUAGUCAAGAAUGAGGGCGCAGUUACCUUCGUCAUGCAAUCCAACAAGGACCUCCUUCUAGACAACCUGUCGGGUUACGACUGGGAGGAAUUCGUACAAGACGUCGAAGCUUUACUAGGGGAAUUUGUCAAAAAAAGUAUUUUUCCCAUAGCCCUCGACUACUUGGAGAAUGCCCAGGCGAAAGAGAAGUCAGCGUACAGACAGGCAGCAGCAGACUUCGUGGGAAAGAAUCACUUGUACUGUCCCAGCAGGGUGUUUAGUGAGAAUUACUCGGCUAGAAAUGGUAAAAUUUACGGCAUGGUAUUCGCACAUCGAUCUCGUAAGUCUAAACUCCCAAAGUGGACUGAAGUGACACACAGGACAGAGAUUCCAUACUUCUUCGGAAUACCCUUCUUGGACUCUGUUAACUACGAUGAAGAAGACCGACAGGUUAGCGCAGAGGCCAUGAGGAUGCUGACUUCAUUUGCUCGAGAUGGGUAA